AUGGUGGGUUAUCCAGAGGCUCUCACAGAUCCCUCUUACAAGUCUCAAAUACUAACUCUGACAUAUCCGCUGAUUGGCAAUUAUGGUGUUCCUAAAGAUGAAAAUGGAGAGUUUGGACUCAGCAAGGCUGGGUAUGGUAAUCGUGGCCAUAACCAACCCUGCAUCCAUAAAGGAACAAAUCGCUGUUUCAUCACCUCUCAGAAUCAUGGGUUUGCUGUGGAUCCCAAAACUCUUCCAGAAGCCUGGGAUGUGCUCUUCACCAACGCCAAUGACAAAACCAGUGAGGGCAUCGUUCACAACCACAAACCGCUCUUCAGUUCUUCUCAGGCUAUAAAAGCUCUGAAAGAAGAGAACAUCCAAACCGUUCUCAUCAACCCGAACAUUGCCACAGUACAGACCUCAAAGGGCCUGGCAGACAAAGUCUACUUCCUCCCUAUUACACCAGAGUAUGUCACACAGGUGAUAAAGAACGAGCGUCCAGAUGGGGUGUUGCUCACAUUCGGUGGUCAGACGGCCCUGAAUUGUGGUGUGGAGCUCACUAAGCAAGGAGUGCUGGAAAAAUACAAAGUGCGUGUGCUUGGAACCCCAGUGGCCUCCAUAGAGAUGACUGAAGACCGAAAGGUCUUUGUGGAGAAGAUGGAGGAAAUCAAUGAGCAUGUUGCCCCCAGUGAAGCAGCCAUGUCUGUUGAACAG